AUGAUCUUUAGGCUUGGGGGAGGGGAGGGACGGCUCUGUCAGGCUUCAACGAAGGUUAAUCAAGGUCGCCGGCGACGAAGGUCGGUUUUCUUUUCAGCCGUCCAAUCAGCGUCAAGUAUUUUACAGCGCAUUACAAGAAAACCCAAACUAUACACACAGAAGCUUUUAGAAUCCGCUGGAUCUGAAAGAAGCUUUGCAAUUUAUGAUUUAUCCAGCGAUGAACAAGAGAGCCCUUAACAAGUUCAUUUUCCAAUCCAUUGGUACAAGAUGUGCUGCACACAGGAAUUUCCAUGGUGGAAAAUGUCGUCAAGCCCUUUCUUAUCACCCCUGUCCAACUGAGCUUCAAAAAGGAAGUAUCAAACCUGUUGUAGUACUGUUUGGAUGGUUACUUGCCAAGAGUCGGCACCUGGAGAAGUAUGGCAGUAUGUACCAUCAAUAUGGGGCCGAUGUUGUGACAGCUAAACUUGAAGUUGCAGAGGUUUUACGUCCAACCAAAGCUGAAAACACUGCCAAGAGUGUUCUUGACAAGUUAGUUUCCACUGAUAUGCGGGAUCGACCUGUCCUUGUCCAUGGUUUCUCUGUAGGCGGUUAUCUCUACUCGCAAGUUCUGCACCAGAUGGAAACAAACGUAGACUACUCUUCUGUUAAGGAUAGAAUUUUAGGUCAAGUGUUUGACAGCCCUGUGUCUUUCUCUGGGAUUCCUCAUGGUGUAUCAAAUGCAGCAAUGAAAAACCCAGCGCUUCGCUCUCUUAUGAAGUCUACAAUCCAAGCAUACCUCAAAACUACUGCAAAGUACACAACAGAUAUCUAUCUGGCCCGACAACAGCUAUUUUAUAACAACCCAGUGAGAUCACCCACAUUACUACUUUACUCCAAGACUGAUGAGGUUGCAGACGCAAAAAUCUGCGAGCAUGCAUCAAAUAUGUGGGAGAAUCUUGGUAUGGAUGUCACGUCAGUCUGCUGGGACAACUCACCUCAUGUCUCCCAUUUUUAUGUCCAUCAAAAGGAGUAUGUGCAAGCUGUUGAGAGUUUUGCAGACAGGGUCCUAAAACCUGUGACUGUCUAACAAGAACUGAAAAACUCGUAACCCUGACUAUGGGUUUUUCAUCCUAUGGUGGCCUAGCAAGGCUGACAUUUUAUGGACGAUUGACAAUUUUCAGACGAUUAUUUAUAUAGUACCAGGAGUGAAGUAUUUUUCCUUGGGGGUGGGGGCAAAGUAAUUUCUCAAGAACAUUCGUUUCCAACUGAGACGUAACGACUAAGACGUAAUAGCUUUAUUGGGUCAGAAAGGGGGGCUACGCCUCCACCCUGGCCAGGCCCAUGAGUACGUUUAUGGAGGAAAAGGGGUAAGUCCCUUCAAGAAGAUGUUUGGAAAUCAUGUUGUUUUUCAUGAGUGAUCACACUUUAAUUCAUCAUAACAGAUAAAAAGCAUGCCUCACCGCCGACUUUCCUGGAGUCUUAUAGUGUAGCGAUGGCAGUAAGACCCCUGUAUACAUGGCCACACGAACUACAGGAAGUUACCAAGUAUCUUGAUCUUAUGGACAUUUUGUUUAAUAUUUAGUUGGAGGAAAUCUUGUGGAAGUACAUAGACUAUGAGGCUACUUCUCCCUUUUGAACACGUUCCAAAAAUGGAAAGUCUACCUACACUAAUCAUGUAAAAUGAUUCUAUGAUUAUAUGCUAAAUGUCAGUCGGUAAACUUUAUGAAAUGCAGACCCAAGAAAUACAAAUUUCUUUAUGAAUA